UUAAUUUUAUAAACAAUGCAACAAAAUUGAAUUGAAGUGGCAAAACCAUGGAUCACGACGCAGAUGAACAAUCUUUCCAGCUACAGGCGUUGGAGAUACGCGAGCCAGAUGCCGGUUUCGAUCCCCAGCUGCCACCACAGACCGGCGAGGAGUAUCUGAUGCACAUGGCCUACGAACGCAAACGCUGCCCCGCUGUGGUGACCAAACGCUCAUCCAAGAUUAAGAAAGAUGUCUCCGACAGAGGCCAGGAGAUGCUGGAAAGUAUGCCACUGCCGCCACACAAGUGCCUGCUGCCGACGCCAGAGUGGCGCGAUGAGCAGACAAAGAGUUUCCAGGCAGCCCGCUCCCAGGUGCUGGAAAUGCGGGAGGAACUGACUGCCCACAACUACGACCAAUCUGCAGAGCCCCCACUCACCACGGACACUGAGAAGUGGCAGGAAUUCUGUCGCGAGAGGCAGCCACUGCUCAGCACCCUGUUGCACCUGAGCCAAAGCGACUUGGAGCAGCUGCUGGAGAUGCUCAGCCAGUGGCUGCAGGCCGAAGAACCCGUGGACUUGCUCAUCAAGGAUGUCUGGCUGGGCCGUUGGCUCUACGCCACUCUCGUCUGUCUGCAUCUGCCGCUGGAGCCGUUUGUGUACAGCACACUGCGCGGCAUAGCGCGCUCCUGCAUCCAGCUGAGGAACGCCCUGUCCGAGCAGGAGGUGAAGCGAGCAGCGCCCUACAAUCUAAUCAUAACACUGAUUGUCCAGGUCUUUGCCCAGUCCGAUCUGGAGGCGUAUCUGUAAGAGUUUUGUAUCCCCUUAAUGUAGAUUAUAGAAACACUUUCGUGUGCCGUGUAA